UUAUCUUUAAAAAUUAAGAAAACAUGAUUUAAAAUUUUUUUUUAAAAAUGGACAUGUUCCAACAAAAAUUUACUUUUUAAUUUGGAAAAUCAAAUAUUUAAAAUAGUACUUGCUUUGGUGGGUUUCUGUCAGUGAUUAUUACUAUUUUUGGUGUGAUAUACUUAGGCUAUAUGCUAAAUCUUUAUUUUGGAAAUAAAAUACUCCCUAAAAUAACUUUGUUUUCUCAAACAUGUUAGGAUUAGUAAGAAAUAUAGCUAUAGUUUGAAUAGUCACCAAUACUAUUCAAAUUGGAGUUGAAUGGAUUUUCAGUUAGUGAUUUUUAUGCAAUAACGGGUAAAAAUUAUCUUAAUAUUGACGUUUAUUUUGUAGAAGAUGGCUUAAAUUAUACGAAUUAAUAUAUUAUACCUACAUAAGAUUGUGCAAAUGUCUACCCUGGCUGGAAAGGUUUUACUUGUUUAGACUUUAAUAAUGCUAAUGAUAAAAUAAAACAGCUGGUUUAUUCUAAUAACAUUUAAACAAGUUAUUAAAUUCACUUUUCAUCAUGUGAAGGUCAGAAAAACUGCUCUUCUAAAGAAGAAACUAUGAAUAUAUUAACCAAUCAAGAUACGACUUUUACUUUUUAUUUAAAUACAUAAUAAUUUAAUUACACUUCUAGCGAAUUUCAAUAAAAUCUUUUAAUGGAAAGUUACCAGUUUGAUGACUUAUUGGUUUUUUAAGGUGAAAUUUACUUCCAAAAGAUGACUUCGUACAUAUAAAAAGGAAUGAUGUUUUAAAAUAAAUAUCAAAAAGACCAUGUAGCUAAUUAUGAUAGGUAAGAUUACUUUCUAAGUAGAAAUAAUAUUUAUUAAAAGAUUGGUUUUGAUGCUUAUGGCUAGCUCACAUUUUAAGUUGAUUAAAAUUUCUCACAAUAAGAAUUUUAAUUUCCUAUGAUAACUGAAGUCUUAUCUUAGUUUUUUUCAAUGAUAAGUAUAUUUAUGGCUAUUGGAGUUAUUGCAUCUAAGUUUUCAAAAAACUUGAUGCUUUAACACUUAUGCAUACUCCAUUUAAAAGAAUAAUUUAAAUGCACGGCAGCUUAGAUUAUUUAAAGAAAUCAAAUAAAUCAACCAAAUAAGAAUAACAAUAACAAUAAUUCUUUUAUAGAUGAAGUUAUAAAUUUGUAAGAAAAGAUAAAUAAAACAGAUUUUUUAGAUAGAAACAAACACAUAUCGAUUUAUUUAAAAUUAAAAAAAAUAUUUUUAAAGGUCUUUAGAGUUAAUUGCAGUAAUUAAAAUUAAGAAUAUAAAUUAAAUCAAAAAAUAAUGGACUAUACUCUUGAAUAAUUGGAUAUUUUAUAAAUGUAUAAAUAAUUGAUAAAAUUAAAUAUGGCUGUUAAGUUAAUUUUAACUAAAGAUUAAUAUGCAGCACUAUAAUUUUGUGGUUGCAAUUUAGAUAAUGAUAUAGAUGGUUUAAAAAUCAAAAGUUGUUUAGAAAAUAAAUAGAAAAAUCAGAUUGAGUAAAAAUAAGAUAAAUAUAAUUAAGUAAAUACUAAAUAAAAUAUUAAUGAUUAUCACUUUAAGAAUUAAUAGGAAAAUCAGGAAAUACUUAAUGAUGUUUGCAAAUCACCAUAAAACUAAGAAAAAACUGUAUUAAAAGAUAUUCAACAAACAUCAUCAAAUCAAAUUAACUAAUUUGAUUUAAGUAAAUCAUACAUUUUAGAUAAGCAUCAUAAGUAGAAAGAUAAUAUGAACAAAAAUCAAUAAAGCAAAAAUAUUGAAUUACUAUCUAAUUAAUUUGAUAAAUCUGUUGAAUAGGAAUUGUAAUUAUUUGAGAGUAAUUAAUUUAAAUUUUAGGAUGAAAAUUAUUCUAAAAGUUAAGUGUAAAUAGAUAAAGACUAAAUUAAUUAAACUUUAAGUAUUAAUAAUUAAAUAAAAAGUGAAAAUGCUAGUCGAAUGCCUGCAACAAUUUUGAAAUUAAAUUUCUUAUAAUCAUAUAUUCGUAGUAGAGAUUAAGAGUUCAAAGGAGAUGAAAGCUUACAAACAUAUGAUAAAGAAGAUAAAGUAAUAGAAGGAGUGAAUACUGAAUAGAUGGAUUUUAAAAAUAUAAUAAAAAACAUUAAAAAUAAUUAAAAAAUAUGUUAGAAUUAAAUUGACCAGGAAGGGAAGUGUAAUGAUGUUGAAAAAAGAAUAGAUCUAUCUAAUUUUAAAGAAUAGGAACAUUAAAUAACAAAUAAAAGAGUUAAGCAAGUUUCUAAAAAACACUAAAAUGAAAAAAUAAACUUUCCUAUUAUUUCAAGUCAAGUUGAUAAAGCUAACUUAGAGACACAAUUAAAUCAUAUUGAAGAAUUAAACAAAUUGGAUAAAGAUGAAUUAUUAUUAAAAUAAGAAUUUUUUAAAUUUAUAACUAAAUUUGAAUGCAAUAAUACUAUAAUUUCAACAAUAGACAAAAAUAUACAAAAUUCUUUACUAACUAAUUGGAUUCAUCACAAAUAUUGACAAUAUAAAUCCAACUUAAAAUUAAUUAGCUCAUUUAAAUAUUAAUAAUAAUAAAAAAUAAUUGCAUUUAUUUAUAAUUUAAUAUUAAUAAUCUAUUUAUUUUAAAAAAAAUGUAUCAUAAUUAUAAAAAUAUUUUUAUUCAAAAAAAUCGAGUGAUAUAAUAAAUUUG